AUGUCUCUGUGUUUCUGUCUCUAUGUCUCUGUCUCGCUGUCUCUGUCUCUAUGUCUCUGUGUUUCUGUCUCUAUGUCUCUGUCUCGCUGUCUCUGUCUCUGUGUCUCUGUCUCUAUGUCUCUGUGUUUCUGUCUCUGUCUCGCUGUCUCUGUGUCUCUGUCUCGCUGUCUCUGUCUCUGUGUUUCUGUCUCUAUGUCUCUGUCUCGCUGUCUCUGUCUCUGUCUCUGUCUCUGUGUUUCUGUCUCUAUGUCUCUGUCUCGCUGUCUCUGUCUCUGUCUCGCUGUCUCUGUCUCUGUGUUUCUGUCUCUAUGUCUCUGUCUCGCUGUCUCUGUCUCGCUGUCUCUGUCUCUGUGUUUCUGUCUCUGUGUCUCUGUCUCGCUGUCUCUGUCUCUGUGUCUCUGUCUCUAUGUCUCUGUGUUUCUGUCUCUGUCUCGCUGUCUCUGUGUCUCUGUCUCGCUGUCUCUGUGUUUCUGUCUCUAUGUCUCUGUCUCGCUGUCUCUGUCUCUGUCUCGCUGUCUCUGUCUCUGUGUUUCUGUCUCUAUGUCUCUGUCUCGCUGUCUCUGUCUCUGUCUCGCUGUCUCUGUCUCUGUGUUUCUGUCUCUAUGUCUCUGUCUCGCUGUCUCUGUCUCGCUGUCUCUGUCUCUGUGUUUCUGUCUCUGUGUCUCUGUCUCGCUGUCUCUGUGUUUCUGUCUCUAUGUCUCUGUCUCGCUGUCUCUGUCUCUGUGUCUCUGUCUCGCGGUCUCUGUCUCUGUGUUUCUGUCUCUGUGUCUCUGUCUCGCUGUCUCUGUCUCUCUGUCUCUGUCUCUGUGUCUCUGUCUCGCGGUCUCUGUUUUGUCUGUUUUCUUUAACUGUUUGUCUUUUUGCUGCUUUGAGGAAAAGUUUUCCCAUUUUUGGGACAAUAAAAGAUUUUCCUCGUUUCCUGGAGUUCGGACCGGCACCGGCCCGUUUCUCUCUCUGGUCUGGAGGAAGUUCACCAGAGUUCACCAGAGAUCUCAGGACUUCUGCUCACCUGAACCAGCCGCAGACUGAUGGCUUCAGGAGCCGAACUGGGUCAGAGUUCAGGCUUAGUGGUUCCGUUUCGUAACUCCAGUCAGACGGAGGCUCCGUGCGUUACCUGCAGCCUCCG